UCACUCGACACUCACCUCUGGGUUGCCGCCAUUUCGGAGAAAGAAAACCCGAGAAGAUCAACGGCCUCCGUAUCGAAGAAGGAAAACCCCAGAAGAUCGACGGCCCUCGUUCAUUCUCUCCCUCACAGUCUUGCCAAGCUAACGAUCAUCGCCCGACACUCCGUCUUCUGCACCGUAUCCAUUCCGUCACCCGAAACCCUAGUCGUCCGAAUCAUUGUCCGCCCUGGCCAAUCCGGACCUUGGUCGCUAAGCGUUCCAGAGAAGAUCGGUUUGCUGCUCUGGAGAUGGAGACGCUCGCUGCGGCGUCGGAGCAGGUCUACACUUCUUCGACGAAGCAGCGGGUGAAAAUCUUCCGGGAAGAUGUUUUCUCAAUCGUCCAACAGAACAAAGGCGAAAUGCCACCCGAUGUUGCAUCAUCUCUAGUUGAUAUUGUAUUUAAGACAUUAUUUGUUUAUGAUGAUCGGACAUCAGGAGAGGCUGUAGAUUAUAUUGUUAUUAAAGCACUUGGGGAAGACGCGUUUAUGAAAAGCUUUGCUGCCAGGCUUGUUCAGUUUGUGGAAAAGCAGUUCAAGGCCCGAACCCCUUUUUGUUGUUACAGGCUGCUUAAAUGGUCAUUCAUGCUUCUGAGAUGGAGCCGGUUCACCAUUGUCUCAAAGAAUGGAUUUUCAAAAAUUGCUACUUUACAAUCAUCUCUGCUUUGUACUCUUUCUCAGGGCCCUCUUCGUGUGCAUAGAGCUAGUAGGAGAGCAUUUUUUCAGUUUAUAACUGAGGUACAAGAUGUCUACAAACUUUAUAUGGAAGAGUUGAAAGAUUCUAGAUUGUCUCUUGGUGAUGGUGCCGGUAUGAUUGAGCUUCUGUUAGAUUAUUCAACGAGGACACCUUCUAUUUUGGAGCAAUACAAGUCCCUGUUUGUUGAUCUAUAUGUAAAAAUGGUUUUGAGUGCAAGGGAGAGACCACAGAAGUUCGUCAGUGAAGCAUUUUGCCCACUUUUCAAGCAUUUGACACAUGAGGAUUUCAGGACGAUUGUGUUACCAGCCUCCAUUAAAAUGCUUAAACGCAGCCCUGAACUUGUGCUGGAGUCUAUAGGACUGCUUUUGAAAUCAGUAAACCUUGAUUUGAGUAAAUACACUACUGACCUUCUUCCAGUAGUCUUACAGCAGGCUCGUCAUUCAGAUGAAGGAAGGAGAGCUGAGGCUACUGCCAUUGUUGGGUAUAUGAGCCAUAAGUGCAGCAAUCCAGAUGUUGCAGCAAUAAUGUUCAAGUCUAUCAGUUCCAUCAUUAGUGGUUCUGAGGGUAAAUUAACUUUUCCUUAUCAGAGAAUAGGAAUGUUUAAAUCACUUCAGGAGCUCUCGAAGUUCCCUGGGGGUAAAAUGAUGGACAAUGUGGCUUCUUCAGUUUGUAGCUUUUUGGUGUCAAGCUACAAGGAAGAUGGAAGUGAGGAAGUGAAGAUAGCAAUUCUAGCAGCUAUGUCCUGUUGGGCAGCAAGAUCUGCAGAAGUUAUUAAAUCUGAUGUUAUUUCAUUUCUGGCUAAUGGGCUUAAAGAAAAAGAAGCUUUAAGGAGGGCAUAUCUCCGGUGCCUGAGGAACAUGUUCAAGAAUCCUGAUGCACCAGUGAAGGUGCAGAAUCUGUUAGAGCCACUUGUCCAACUUGUGAAAACUGGUUUCACAAAACCCACACAACGGUUAGAUGGUAUUUAUGCUCUUCUAUUACUGGGAAAAAUGGUUUCUCUAGAUGCAAAAUCAGAGGAAAUUGUGUUGAAGGAGAAGAUGUGGCAAGUAGUCUCUCAAAACGAUGCAUCCGUUGUGCCUCUCUCUCUGGCUAUGAAACUGCCAGCUGAAGAUUGCAUUGCAUGUAUGGAUCUUGUUGAGAUGCUACUUGUUGAACACCCAAGCAGGGUGAACGAGAUGUUGUCAACCAAACAACUAUUACAGUUGGUGAUACACUUAAUUUGCCAUCCAAUAUGGGAAGUCCGUAGACUAUCUUUAGACAGUGUUAGACGGAUACUUAUCUCUUCCCCCCAGUUGUCAGGAACUUUCCUGCUGGAAUUUAAAGAUUAUUUAUCACUAGUUGCUGACAGAGUGCACAUUUUGAAGGCAAGUGAUGCAGAGAAUUCCUUAGAUGCACAGUUACAAUUUGUUCCAUCAGCUGAGGUUCUGGUGAAGGCUUUGCUCGCGAUACCCUCAGCGACUAUGUCAAAGGAUUUCAAUUGUUGGAAAAGGCUUUUCCUUUUAGCUCAUCAUCCCUGCAUUUGUACUGGGGCAAGAAAAAAUACAGUUUGGAAGAGACUGCAGAGGAGUGCACAGAGGCAUGGGCAUGAUAUCAUCAGUACCCUUUCAAGCCAAAUUAAAACUCUAACCAAGGAUUUGUUUGGACAAACUGGUCUACUAAGUGGGAAUCCAUUGGAGCAAGAUGCUGCUUUGCAUUCGUCCUCAACCUUGAUGUUUUUAUUUCCAAAAGAUACAUUUUCGGAGUUUGAGGAGUAUCUGAGGCAGCUCCCUGAUUGGUCUUUGCAUGAUAAACUUUCCGAGAAUGACAUCCAGAUCUUUCGUACGGCAGAGGGCAUGCUUUCCAGCGAACAGGGUGUUUAUAUUGCGGAGUCUGUGGCUGAUCGAAAUGUGAAGCAUGCAAAGGGACGUUUUCGGAUGUAUGAUGAUGAUGAUGAUAAGUCGGAUCAUGUCAAAACUGGUCCACCAAGGGAGACAAAUAGAAGAGAGCCAUUGAGCACUGGGAAGAAGGACCCAAAGGGAACAAAAAAAAAUGUAAUGAAUGCAGACAGAGUGAAAAGUGCUAAGGAAGAGGCACGAGAAUUACUACUUAAGGAGGAAUCUAUUGUUCGAGAUAGAGUUCGACAUAUACAGAGCAAUUUAACUAUCAUGUUAAGAGCUUUGGGGGAAAUGGCUAUAGCAAAUCCAAUUUUUGCUCAUGGUCAACUUCAACUCAUGGCUGGUUUUGUAAAUCCUUUAAUGCGUUCACCAAUUGUAAAUGAUGUUGCUUUCGAGACGAUGGUGAAACUUGCAAGGUGCAUAGCUCCUCCAAUUGUUCAUUUGGCACCUGAAAUUGCUGCAGCCUUACGUUUGGUUGCUACUGAUCCGACAUCUUUUAUGCACGAGUUGGUACCUUUGAUGGCUGAUGAGGAGAUCCAUGGGAAACAAGCUGUUGGUUUGUUGGAGGGCAUUGUGGAAGGUUUGGUGGAAGCAUGUAAAUCUGGACCACUCCCUGUGGAUUCAUUUGUUUUUCUUUUCCCGAUUCUGGAGCAGAUUCUUUCAUCAAUGAAGAAAACUAGGCUUCAUGAUAACGUUCUUCAUAUAAUUUCAAUGCACAUGGACCCAAUGCUGCCUCUUCCCAGACUUCGCAUGUUAUCUGUUCUCUAUCAUGUUCUUGGUAUUGUUCCAGCAUAUCAGGGCUCAAUUGGACGAAUGCUAAAUGAGUUGUGUUUAGGGAUACAACCACAUGAAUUGGCAUCAGCACUUGUUGGGGUGUAUGCUAAAGAUGCUCACGUAAGGCUUGCUUGCCUAAAUGCUGUCAAGUGCAUUCCAUCAGUUGCAAGUCGUUCUCUUCCUCAAAAUGCCGAUGUUGCAACACAUAUUUGGAUAGCUUUACACGAUCGAGAAAAGUUAAUUGCAGAAGUUGCAGAGGAUAUCUGGGAUCGUUAUGGCUAUGAUUUUGGGGCUGAUUAUUCUGGACUUUUUGCUGCCCUUUCUCAUAUAAACUUUAAUGUAAGGGAGGCAGCCGCAGAGGCAUUAGCUGCAGCGCUGGAUGAAAAUCUUGAUUCUAUACAGGAAACCCUUUCAAAUUUAUUUUCACUGUAUAUUCAUGAUAUUGGAGCUAUAGGAGAUGGAACAGAUAUAAACUGGCUUGGUAGACAAGGAAUAGCCUUGGCUUUAUACUCAUCUGCUGAUGUUUUGAGAACUAUGGAUCUUCCUGUGGUCAUGACAUUUUUAAUAUCCCGUGCACUGGCUGACCCUAAUAUGGAUGUUCGUGCCAGAAUGAUAGAUGCUGGUAUCGUGAUUGUUGACAAACAUGGGAAGGAUAAUGUCUCCCUUUUGUUUCCUAUUUUUGAGAACUACUUGAAUAAGAAGGCUUCUGAUGAGGAGAAAUAUGACUUAGUUCGUGAGGGUGUUGUCAUUUUCACUGGUGGUCUUGCAAAGCAUUUGGACAAGGAUGAUCCAAAGGUGCAUGCGGUUAUUGAGAAAUUAUUAGAUGUAUUAAGCACUCCGUCCGAGUCGGUUCAGCGAGCAGUCUCAAAUUGUUUGCCUCCAUUGAUGCGUUCAAAACAGGAUGAUGCCCAAGCACUUGUCUCUAGACUUUUAGACAAGUUAAUGCACAGUGAUAGAUAUGGAGAUCGUCGUGGAGCAGCUUUUGGACUUGCAGGGGUUGUUAAAGGCCUAGGUAUUCCAAGUUUGAAGAAAUUUGGAAUUGUCUCUGUGCUUAGGGAGGGUAUGGAAGACAGGAACUCUGCAAAAUCACGGGAGGGGGCGUUGCUUGGGUUUGAAUGUCUUUGUGAGAAGUUAGGUCGACUUUUUGAACCCUAUGUGAUCCAGAUUUUACCCUUGCUCUUGAUUUCUUUCUCUGACCAAGUUUCUGCUGUACGUGAGGCUGCUGAAUGUGCUGCCCGUGCAAUGAUGUCUCAAUUAACUGGUUACGGUGUCAAGCUUGUCCUGCCCUCUCUUCUGAAGGGACUGGAGGACAAAGCAUGGAGAACCAAGCAAAGUAGCGUUCAGCUUCUUGGCGCAAUGGCUUAUUGUGCUCCUGAACAGCUGUCCCAGUGCCUCCCAAAAAUUGUACCCAAACUUACUGAGGUUUUGACUGAUACACACCCCAAAGUUCAGUCAGCUGGGCAAAUGGCCCUUCAACAGGUUGGAAGUGUGAUAAGGAAUCCCGAGAUAUCUUCACUGGUUCCUACACUGCUGUUGGGUCUUACUGAUCCUAAUGAGUACACAAGGCACUCACUUGAUGUUCUUCUCCAGACUACUUUUGUCAACUCAGUUGAUGCACCGUCACUUGCAUUAUUGGUACCUAUCGUACACCGUGGCCUCAGGGAAAGGAGUGCUGACACUAAGAAGAAAGCGGCACAGAUAGUGGGGAACAUGUGUUCCUUGGUGACAGAGCCAAAGUACAUGAUUCCUUACAUAGGCCUGCUCAUUCCUGAAGUUAAGAAGGUUCUUGUUGAUCCUAUUCCAGAAGUUCGUUCGGUAGCUGCCAGAGCUCUUGGGUCACUUAUAAGAGGCAUGGGUCAGGAACACUUCCCAGAUCUUGUACCAUGGUUACUGGAUACUCUUAAAUCAGAUAGUAGUAAUGUCGAGCGCUCUGGAGCUGCCCAAGGAUUGAGUGAGGUUUUGGCAGCGUUGGGCAAGGACUAUUUUGAUCAGGUUCUUCCUGAUGUCAUUCGAAACUGUUCUCAUCCGAAGGCAUCUGUACGGGAUGGGUAUCUCACACUAUUCAAGUAUCUACCAAGAUCUUUGGGUGGCAUCUUCCAAAAUUACCUGCAGCAAGUUCUCCCUGCUAUUUUAGAUGGUCUUGCCGAUGAGAAUGAAUCUGUGCGUGAUGCAGCUCUCAGUGCAGGUCAUGUCCUGGUUGAGCAUUAUGCAACAACGUCAUUGCCUCUUCUACUUCCUGCUGUGGAAGAUGGAAUUUUCAAUGACAAUUGGCGCAUUCGGCAGAGUUCUGUUGAGCUUCUUGGUGAUCUUCUUUUCAAGGUUGCGGGAACAUCUGGCAAAGCAAUUCUUGAAGGUGGCAGUGAUGAUGAGGGUUCAAGUACUGAGGCACAUGGACGGGCAAUUAUUGAGGUUUUAGGAAGAGAGAAACGAAAUGAAGUUCUGGCUGCUGUUUAUAUGGUCAGGACAGAUGUCAGCUUGUCAGUCCGCCAGGCUGCCUUGCAUGUCUGGAAGACAAUUGUAGCAAAUACUCCAAAGACUUUGAAAGAAAUAAUGCCUGUUUUGAUGAAUACACUUAUAUCAUCACUUGCCUCCACAUCAUCUGAAAGGCGACAGGUUGCAGGAAGAUCUCUUGGAGAACUUGUUCGUAAGCUUGGUGAACGUGUCCUCCCAAUGAUUAUACCGAUUCUUUCCCAAGGUUUGAAGGAUCCAAACCCAAGCCGGAGACAGGGUGUGUGUGUUGGGCUUAGUGAAGUCAUGGCAAGUGCUGGUAGGCACCAGUUGUUGGCUUUCAUGGAUGAGCUCAUACCUACAAUUCGAGCUGCUCUUUGUGAUAGUAUGCCUGAGGUUCGUGAAUCUGCUGGAUUGGCAUUUGGCACUCUUUAUAAGAACGCAGGAAUGCAAGCGGUUGAUGAAAUUGUUCCUACACUUCUUCAUGCUCUAGAGGAUGAUGAGACAUCUGGCACUGCACUUGAUGGUCUCAGACAAAUACUGAGUGUAAGGACUACGGCUGUUUUGCCGCACAUUUUGCCAAAACUAGUGCAAGUCCCUCUCUCUGCAUUUAAUGCUCAUGCAAUUGGAGCAUUGGCAGAGGUUGCUGGCCCUGGCUUAAAUGGACACCUUGGUUCUAUUAUUCCUGCGUUACUUUCUGGCAUGGGUAGUGAUAAUGAGGAUACCCGAACUUUGGCUAAAAAGGCUGGAGAAACGGUUGCUCUGGUGAUUGACGAGGAGGGCAUUGAUCCGUUGAUCUCAGAGCUCCUCAAAACCCUUGGUGAUAGCCAGGUAUAUAUGAGGAGCGCCUCGGUGUAUUUAAUUGGGUACUUUUUCAAGAACAGUGAUUUGUAUUUGGUUGAUGAGGCUCCCAACAUAAUAUCAACUCUUAUAGUUAUGCUUACAGAUACAGAUUCUGCUACAGUUAUGGGUGCUUGGGAAGCCUUGGGAAAGGUUGUUGCAUCAGUACCGAAGGAAGUACUUCCAUCUUAUAUUAAACUGGUACGUGAUGCUGUGUCAACAGCUAGAGACAAGGAACGGAGGAAGCGAAAGGGUGGGCCUAUUGUAAUUCCUGGCUUCUGUCUUCCCAAAGCGCUUCAACCAUUGUUGCCAAUUUUUCUUCAGGGUCUUAUCAGUGGUUCAGCUGAAUUAAGAGAGCAAGCUGCUGAAGGAUUAGGAGAAUUGGUUGAUGUUACUGGUGAAAAAGCACUCAAGGAAUUUGUUGUUCCUAUUACUGGGCCUCUUAUUAGGAUCAUUGGUGAUAGAUUUCCUUGGCAGGUUAAAAGUGCUAUUCUGUCCACUUUGUGCAUCAUAAUAAGCAAAGGAGGUGUUGCAUUGAAGCCAUUCCUUCCACAGCUUCAAACAACUUUUAUCAAAUGCCUGCAAGACAAUGCUAGGACCGUCCGUUCAAGUGCUGCUUUAGCACUAGGGAAACUUAGUGCUCUUAGUACGCGUGUAGAUCCUUUGGUUGGUGAUCUACUUUCAUUAUUGCAGGCGUCCGAUGGUGGUGCACGUGAAGCUGUGUUGGUUGCUCUAAAGGGUGUGGUGAAACAUGCUGGAAAGAUUGUUAGCAGUCCUGUUCGCUCUCGUGCAUUAACUCUUCUAAAGGAUUUAAUACAGCUUGAGGAUGAUCAUAUUCGAAGUUCAGCUGCAGGUGUUUUGGGUACACUGUCUCAGUACAUGGAUGACGGGGAAAUGCUUGAUCUUGCACAAACUUUGGCAACCAUGGGUUUGUCACAGAGCUGGUUUAUCAGACAUGGUUCCAUCUUGACAUUCUCUUCCAUAUUCUUGCAUAGUCCCUCUAUUUUGUGCACCUGUACUGCCUACCCAGUGGUUGUCAGUCGCUUAAAAGAUGCUUUGGAAGAUGACAAGUUUCCAAUUCGUGAGACAGCAAAUAGAGCAUUGGGGAGGCUUCUAGUGUAUCAGGUUCAAAGUGAAGGUGCACAUGGGCCAUCAGAACUCGUUCCUUGUCUAGUGUCUACAUUGCGUGAUGACUCCAGUGAAGUGAGAAGAAGAGCUUUAUCUGGUGUUAAAGCAAUUGCUAAGGCAAAUCCGUCUGCUCUAUGUCCCUUCUUAACAAUUGUUGGACCUGCCCUUGCUGAGUGCCUGAAGGAUGGGAAUACACCUGUGCGGCUUGCUGCCGAGCGAUGUGCUCUGCAUGUGUUUCAGUUGACUAAAGGCUCAGAGCAUGUUCAAGCUUCUCAGAAGUACAUCACAGGCUUGGACGCCAGGCGAAUCUCAAAGCUUCCAGAGGACAGCGAUGACAGUGAGGAUGGUGAGGAGGAUAUGCCGAAGUAACCAUGUUGAUGUACCAAUGUGUUCGAUUAUGAUGUAUUUUUUCUUGGAGGUGGAAUUGAUUGCCGUGCUCCAGCUGUCUCCAGCUCAUGCUUGUCAAAUCUGAGGUUUUUAUACCCCAGGAAAUGCUGCAUGUGCACCAAAUUAUUCAUUGCUCUGAUGCUCAUGCAGUCAGAAGUGUGAACUUUUUCCCAGCCAAGUAUGUUUCGGUUUUGUACAAUAUGAGAGAGAGAGAGAGAGAGAAGGGCAAACAUCGAGUUGAAAUUUUGCGGGAUGAAGCCCAGUUUAUUGUUUGAGUUUUCAAUGAUCAUGAAUAAAUGAAAGUUUGAAUUUUCACCUCA